AUGGUGUUUGAAUACUGGUGCGCGGACCCUCACAGGAUAUGGGUGUAUGCUGCUGACAAACGGAGUGAAAAAAGGAAACGAAUGCAGACUCCAAGCCCAGAAAUAAAUGAAGAUUACCCUAAAGAGAAUGAUUCAUCAAUCAUCAGCAAGGCAUUUUCAGAUCCAGCACGUAAAUUUCUGAACAGCAGCCGUGAGAAACAGAUAAAUUUGAAACAGUCGGAGGAGAACCGACAAGGGUUAACACAAUUGCAGUCAUCCUCCUUUUAUGGCAGUAAAAUGACGCCAAAGGACUAUUCAGCUGGCAGCAUAUUCUCAGAGAGGUUGUCAGGGACAAAUCAGCCACCUGCUGCUAAAAGAAGCUUAAUCCUUUCUUCGCAGUCAGCCCCAAAUUCUGUGAAGAAGCUUAAACCCAACCAAGACUACACCGGGUGGAACAAGCCAAGAUUGCCACUCUCUACACAACCUUUACCACAACAAUUGCAAGGUUUUUCCAAUUUGGGCAAUACCUGUUACAUGAAUUCCAUCUUACAAUCCCUGUUCUCUCUGCAGUCAUUUGCCAAUGACCUACUUAAACAAGGAAUCCCAUGGAAGAAAAUUCCUGUUAAUGCAUUAAUACGACGUUUCGCUUUGCUUCUCUUAAAGAAGGAUAUCUGUGGCCCCGAGAUGAAGAAAGAGCUACUUAAGAGAGUAAAAAGUUCAAUUUCUGCCACAGCAGAGAGGUUUUCAGGUUACAUGCAAAAUGAUGCACAUGAGUUUUUGAGCCAGUGCUUGGAUCAGUUGAAAGAAGACAUGGAGAAGCUGAACAAAUCAUGGAAGACUGAGCCAUAUACAGGAGAUAUUCCUUCAGGAAGAGCAAUUGAUGACAUUACAACAACACGUGUUUAUACCUGUCCUGUUACCUGCAAUUUGGAGUUUGAGGUGCAACAUUCAAUUACAUGUAAAAUGUGUGGUGAAACGGUUACCAAGCGUGAACAGUUUAAUGAUCUUUCUAUAGACCUUCCUCGAGGAAAGAAAUCUUCACGAUCCAUACAGGAUUCUCUUGACCUCUUUUUCAGGAUGGAAGAAAUUGAAUACUCUUGUGAAAAAUGCAAUGGAAAGACUUCCUCUGUAACACAUAAGUUCAGCAGACUACCCAGGAUUCUUAUUCUGCAUUUAAAACGAUAUAGUUUUAAUGUAGUUCUGUCUCUCAAUAAUAAAGUGGUCCAGCAAGUGGUCAUCCCUCGAUACCUUACACUCUCGUCUCACUGCACAGAAAGCACACGCCCUCCACUGUCCUUGGGUUGGAAUGCUCAAACUGCAAUUUCACGACCACUGAAAGUUUCACAAAUGGUGAAUGCCAGCACAGUGACAACAUUAAAUUCAGUUAGGAAGCACACAUUGAAGUCCACAAGUGUAUUAACCACAUGCCUUGACUCAGAAAGUGACGAUGAACCACUCAAGCGGUGUGUUUCUCACAGCCAGAGAGUUUGUGAUGUGCAAGUACGAGAACAGCAGAUAGUAGUAGAUCAUAUCAAGAGAUCAUCAGUGGAAGGCACUAAAUGUUCAGAAUCUGGAAGCUCAUUCUAUGAUGGCUUGAGUGAUGAGGAUUUAAUGGCAGCUGUACUUCAAAUGAGCAGAAAGGAAGUUUCUCUGUCGAUCACCAAUGAGGAAGAAGAAAAAAUUACAAGCAGCCCAGACACUGGCAUAGACACAGAUACAGGCUUGGAUGAUCUGAAUGAAAUUUUCGAUAACUACAUUAAUCCUAUGGAAGAAGAAAAGUCAAAAGUUGUAAGAGAGCCAGACUUGACACAAUAUAGUGACAUUUCUAAAGACUUUGAUGAGAACAAAGAAAACAAAACCCCAGAGGGCCCCCAAAGGGAAGCAGAUUGGCUUCAGUAUGAAUUAGAGAGUGAACGGGAGGAGCAAGAGUUACAGCAGGCACUUGUCCAGUCUCUCCAGGAGCAGUCCGUUUUUUUGUUUGUUUUUUUUCAUGAAGAAUUUAACAAUACAUUUUGUGAUGGAAUGGGAUCUGAUGAAGAUUCUGGGAAUGAGGAUACCUUUGAUAUGGAGUAUACAGAGGAAGAAGCUGAAGCGUUAAAGAAAAAUACUGAGACUGGCAACCUUCCCCAUUCUUAUCGCCUUAUCAGUGUUGUGAGCCAUAUUGGAAGCUCUUCUUCUUCAGGUCAUUAUAUUAGUGAUGUUUAUGAUGUCAAAAAACAAGCCUGGUUUACAUACAAUGACCUUUCAGUGUCUAGGACACAGGAGACCACAGUGCAGACUGAUAGAGACAAAAGUGGCUAUAUUUUCUUUUAUAUGCACAAGGGAGUUUUUGAAGAGCUCAUCGAGGCAGAAAAUGUGCAGCCUGUUUCCAUCGACCUUAACAGACCAACAAGACCUCCCCUGUGAAACGAAUCGGCACAAAGCUCUAAAGACUCUUAAAGCUAGUUGGCUAGAAAAAGAGUGAUGACGCAUCUUUUUGGUCCAGUCACUUGGUUGUAUUCCAUUUCAAAGCACAUUUAAGGAACUUUUGAGAGCCUAGAAAUCUUUCCUCAACACGUACUUGGCACAUCUCUUUAAGAUGUGCAGUGGAUUUGGGAUAAAGGAACAACUGCGUCUUUAAAAAUGGUUUCAGCUACAAUGAUAUGACAGCUGAAAGCAUUGUAAGUUGCACAUUGGUUAAUUUGGGACUGAACUGUUGACUUGGCCUCUUCAGCAAUAAUAACUCUCUUCUAUAGGGCAUUUGAAAAGACUACUGACACUACAUUGCUACAGCACCUCCACUGUAGCUUUGUGGACGGCUUUAAUUUUUAAUAAAGUCCACUACUUGCAGUCUUCAGAUUGUGUGCUGUUGAAUAAAUUAAUAGAUAAUGCAGUUUUUGGUUUCAUUUUGGAAAAUACAUUUAUAUAUUUCAUUUGCUCAUAAUUUCUUUAAGUGGUUGUGGGGAGAUCACAGAUAAGAGCUUUUUCAAACCUUGAAUAAAAGUAAUACGGUGGUGAAUAAGGUUGUGUCUCUACCUUCACCUGUGACUUUGUAUUUAUUUUUAGCCUUCAUUACGCCAACAGGAAGAAGACAUUUUUGACAAUUACCACUUUGAAGUAAUGUCAGGGGCAGUAUUCUAACAUUUUGUGUAUUUCUUGGUUUUGAUCUCCUUACUUGGUACUUACAAAAAACAAAUGUCAUUUUAACCUGAUUGUCCUUUAAUGAAAGUGGUUGACGAUAUCUGCUAACUUGUGGAGUUUGAGCUUGAUCACCUGUUAUGGUUAAUACACAAUGCAUCUACAAUGUGUCUCUUUAAAAAUAUUUAUUUUAUAAUUAUAUUGGGGAAUAAUGUUUUAUAUGUAUAUAUUAUUUAAUUUUAGGGUUUUGUUUUUGGGGGGUUUUGUUGUUGUGUGGUACCAGUGGUUCUCAGGAGAAUAUUUCUGUUUCAUCUGCAAUGUUUUUAUGUCCGGAACAAAAACAAAAUUUGCUUGGUUUCAGUAGGAUCAGUUUGUUUUAACAUUUACAUAGUAGCAUGAUCUAAUUUCCUUGUAAUGUUUUCACUGUUUUGUUUUCAUGUGUAAGUAUGUUUUCUUUGAUUUCUUUUUUUAAUGUUCAUUAAAAUGACCAAGCUCCAUUUAUACAGGU